AUGACAUCAACACCUACAGCGCGGUACAGCGCCGCCAGCGCUUACUGGGGCCGAGCCAGUCAAUACCAGAACUCGGAAUAUGAAGACCAGCAGUCAGAUGAAGAUGAUAAUAGGUUGCCGUGUUUUAGAGUAUUUUUAUUCGCCACCAUUUUGGAAGACGCCAUCACUCAACUGAGAAUAUUUGAUGAAUGUAACACGGAACUUAAACUUACAAAAGUUAUGUUGGACAUGAUUAAUCUGCUUUCAAACAAAUACAGUAUUGAAAAACCAGCGAUAAAAGACGAACUCGACGGAAUAGAUCCCAAGAGACUCGGUUGUCUUGAGUAUAGUUUGAACAAACUUAAAGCGGAUAGGGACCUAACGAUGAAUAUUCUGAAGGACACUUACUUCAAUUUAACAAUGAAACAUAAUUUCGACAACCUAGCACAAUCCGUGUUUAUGUUUGAGGAGCGAAAUGACCGACUGAACUAUCUGACAACGGAGGAGGCCAAAAAUAAAGGGCUCUGUCGAGAGUUGAAUCGCCAACUUCGACAGCAACGUAAUCAUUUCAAAUCAGUAACGUAUGAUAAAAACAACGCCAUAGAUGUGCUCAAAACGUCUCUACAGGACGCAGAAAUAAUAGCUGCAACGCGAAAUCGCUACGUCGAGGGUUGGCAACGAUCACGCUCUGAACAACACGAGCAGACUAUUAUGGACAAGGAAACGCCUCCGACUAAUAAAAUACAAGAAUACAAGAUGAGGAUUGAACAGGAGCAACAUGUGCAUUCGGAGAUAGAACUGCUGUUUAAUAUUAAGAUACAAGAAGUCAUAGAAAAAGUAGAGACGUGGAUGAAGAAAUACGACACGGACAUCGAAAAAAUUGAUUUGAAAAUACAGAAAGUAAAGAACCUCCACGAAAAUACAUACGAGAGGAGAUUGCGACUUGAAAAAACGCUCGUUGAUCAUGAAGUGCUUGCGAAAAAUUGGACGAGAUUCAAGGAAGAGCGGGAAGCUGCUCGUCAGUAUCACGAAAAGAUGCAAAAUUCAGCCAUCACGAUACAAGCUUGGUGGAGAGGACUACUAGUGAGGAACCAGCUCGGACCCUAUAAAGUAGUGUUGAGAAGGAAACCGGAAAAGGAAAAAAAGAAGAAAUAA